AUGUCCGCCCCAGCCUCCCGCCUCCGAACGGUCCUCAACCACCUCCUCCCAUCCUCCAACAACAACACCAACAACCCCAAUCCCCCACACCUCUCCCACCUCUCCCCAACCUUCUUCCUCGAGCGCGCAGCCGCCAUCGAGCCACACGCCGAAGCCGUCUACCACGUAACCGCCAACCAGCGCGUACUCCGGCGUUCCUACCGCGAGCUAGCCGACCGCGCCCGCGGCCUAGCCUAUUACCUGCGGAAGAAGGGGCUGCGCCGCGUCGGCCUGCUGGCGCCGAACACGCCGGCUUUUUUGGAGAGUAUUUAUGGCAUUGUGGCGGCGGGCGGCGUGAUGGUGCCGGUGAAUUAUCGGUUGAAGGAGGAGGAUGUGAGGUAUAUUUUGGAGUUUGCUGAGGUGGAUUGUGUGGUGGUGGAUAAGGAGUUUGAGGGGCUGUUGGUGGGGUUUAGGAAGGCGAGGCCGGAGGUGGAGGUUAUUGUUGAUUUGGAUACCGAUGUGAAGGAGGGCCAGCUGUGCGGGCCAUAUGACGAGGCUGUGCUCGAGGGGUUAACCUACGACCGGGAAACCGGGAGUAAAGGGUGGGCGGACUUGGUGUCACAGACCGUGGCGGACGAGGACGACAUGCUUGCCAUUCCGUUCACGUCCGGGACGACGUCCAAGCCCAAGGGCGUGGUGUACACGCAUCGGGGCGCGUACCUCGCUGCGAUGGCGAAUGUAGUCGAGUCGGGGCUGAACUUGCCUGACGGGCGGUGUAAAUACCUCUGGACUCUGCCUAUGUUCCACGCCGUCGGCUGGACAUUCCCGUGGUCGAUCUGCGCCGUCCGCGGCACCCACGUGUGUCUGCGCAAGAUCGACUACCCUCUCAUCUGGAAACUGCUCAAAGAAGAAGGCAUCACACACUUCAACGCCGCGCCAACCGUCAACACACUCCUCUGCGCCGACCCGAAUGCUGAAGCCCUCCCCCGGCCCGUCCGCGUGACGGUCGCCGCCAGCCCGCCAACUGCCCACCUCUUCGAGCAAAUGACCAACCUGAACCUACUACCCGUGCACGUCUACGGCCUGACCGAGACCUACGGCCCCAUUACACGCGGCUACAUGCUGCCCGAGUGGGACACCCUGCCCAAGAAGGAGAAGUACGCCAAGAUGGCCCGUCAGGGCCACGGCUUCGUGACGGCCCUGCCCGCACGCAUCAUCAAGCCGGACCAGCCCGAGGGCGUGUUGGUCGAUGUUGCGCGCGACGGGAAGGAGAUGGGCGAGAUUGUGUUUUCGGGCAAUAUCUGCUGCAAGGGGUACUACAAGGACCCCGAGGCAACCCGCAAGCUGUUUGCUGGUGGCGUGCUACACUCGGGCGAUCUGGCCGUAUGGCAUCCGGAUGGGAGUAUUCAGAUUCAAGACCGGGCGAAGGACAUUAUCAUCUCAGGCGGCGAAAACAUCUCCUCCGUCGCCCUCGAAUCCAUGCUCGCCUCGCACCCCUCCAUCCUCGAAGCCGGCGUCGUCGCCGUCCCAGACUCGCACUGGGGCGAGCGGCCCAAAGCCUACAUCACCGUCCGCCGGCCCACGACGACAGGGCCAGCCUCCGGCGUCGGCAAUUCUCUCCUCCGUGGCGAAGAUGUGAUCCAGUGGGCGCGGAACCACAGCGCCAUCAGCCGCUUCAUGGUUCCGCGUGAGGUGGAGGUCGUGCGGGAGUUGCCGAAGACGAGCACGGGGAAGAUUCGGAAGAAUGUGUUGAGGGAGUGGGCGAAGAAGGGCACGCCGAGGGAGAUUUUGGAGGGGUGA